AUGUUUCGGCUAUUCUUUGGUGAAUUCAGUUCAUUCAAGAGGAAAAAUCCACAAAAAUUCAAGGAACGUUUGGAAUACUUCUUCGGCCGCUAUAUACCUUUGCUGAAACUGCAUAGGAUGCCUCUUCUAGACUACUUAAAUGGAGCUGCCUUUCUUCCUCUCAAUGGUCCAACAUAUCUUAAUGUUGUUUCGUUAUCAUCUGAGCUUCUAGAAGAGUUUCCUGUGAUUCAGAAAGUUCUAAUUCUGUACCAGGAUAAAGUACUGUACUACACGAUAUCUCGUAGAGAUCUGCCCUCCCUGUUUCGGUAUCUCACCCAGAGUCUUCUGCCCAUGACUAUAGGAGACGAACUUGACUAUCAAUCUCGAUCAACCCAUGGACGGUUUUUACGUGGACCUUCGGACAUAACAACAGAUGCCCCUUUGGUUGGAGAUGACGCUCUACCAACGGUGCACAUCUAUAACUAUGACGAAAAAGAGGAUACGGAAGAGCUUGUGAAAUAUCAGAUGAUGGUUUAUCGAAGUCUUAAUGCUACUGUCUGCAUGUUCACUACUCAAGAUGUUACAAGAAGAUUAAUGCGAAAUAUUGACGGUUACCUGGGUAGUGAGUUGAGCAAAGUCGCAUCACAGAUCGGAGAUUGGUGA